ACUAUAUGCCAGAAUACGUGGCCCCAAACUCUGUGCUGUUCAUGUGUCUUGUUUAUAUUUUUUAUUGCAAAAAAUCGUAAAAAUUCGUUUUAUAAGCCGUGAUCGGCUUCUAACAACAUGAUGAACCCUCAAUAUCUGCCACCCGGACAAAAUAACAAUGCACCCUCUAAUCCCCUGGGCUUCCCACCAACGUCGCAAGACUACAACGGACAGAAUGCCAACAUCUAUGGCCAAAUGCCUCCAAAUGGUCCACAAAUGCCUAUGAAGCAGUUUGACCCCUCUGAGAUGUCAAAUAAAAUGCAAAAUAUGAACUUGAAUGGACCACAAGGGAUUCCAUCUUCUCAGUUGCCACCUGGACAGUUCCCACCGGGCACCUUUCCACCUACAUCAAAUUUUGGACCUGGUCAGUUACCUCCCAACAUGAGGCCCCCGGUUUCUAUGGCAGGAAGGCCCCAAGGAAACGAAGCUUCUCAAUUUUCACCUCAAAUACAACCUCCCAUGUCUACAGCUUCCACCCAAGCCCAAGGGUUCAGUCAAAUUUCUGGUAAGGAAGGGCAAUUUCAAGGACCACUUCCAGGUCAAAUGGUUCAAGGCCAAUCAAAGCCAAUGAUAUCCCAAUCAGGCCCUCCACCAUCGGGACAGUCUGGUGCCCCACCGCAAAUGUCACAGAUGCCUCCACAUUCCCAACCUGGGCUUCCACCCCAACCUGGUAUCAUGGGAAGACCUCCCAAUGGCCCUGAACAGGUCAAACCACCACAGACGGGUGGUUUUCAAGGAAUGCCUCCACCUACUAGUCAACCAGGAUUCCAAAACCAGCAAGGUUUAGCACCAGGUCAGGCAGGAUUACCUCUGAACCAAUCAGGUCCUGGUAUGCAAUCCCAGCCAAGUUCUCAGCCUCCACAAAUGCGUCAACCGGGUGGGCCACCAACUGGAUUUGACUAUCAAAGACAAUCUCGAGGCCCAAUGCCCGGCAUGCCCCCGCAGCAGGGUGCUAUGUCAGGACAAAUGGGUCCUCAAAUGCCACCUGGUCCACCACAGUCACAAGCUGGUCUUCCUCCUCAACCUGGUAUGCCACCCCAGCAAGUUCCAUCUUCCCAGUCACAAUUCCCUUCUAUGCCUGGCUUACCUCACAUGCCCCCACCACUGUCUCAAGCAAGACCUCCCUCUGGGUUUGGGCCACCUGGACAGUCUGGCCAACCACCAAGCUCUUACGGAGCAAUGCCAGGUCAAGCACCUAGGUCUGUUCAACAAUCAAUGCCAGGCCAACCUCCGAUGCCUGGCCAACAGUCAAUGCCCGGCCAACCACCAAUGUCUGGUCAACCCCCAAUGCAUAGUCAACCGCCAAUGUCUGGCCAACCACCGAUGCCAGGCCAACCCCCAUUGCAUAGCCAACCGCCAAUGCCUGGCCAACCGCCAAUGCCUGGCCAACAGUCAAUGCCUGGCCAACCGCCAAUGCCUGGCCAACGGCCAAUGCCUGGCCAACCGCCAAUGCCUGGCCAACCGCCAAUGCCUGGCCAUCCGCCAAUGCCUGGCCAACCGCCAAUGCCUGGCCAACACCAUAUGCCUGGCCAACCACCAAUGCCGGGCCAACACCAUAUGCCUGGACAGCCCCCAAUGCCUGGCCAACUCCACAUGCCUGGUCAACCUUCGAUGCCUGGACAACCUCCGAUGCCUGGUCAACCUCAAGCAUAUCAGCAGCAACCAGGAUAUGCACCUUUCCCAGGGCAGCAACCGAGUUAUCCUGGACAGCAGUUUUCACAACAGCCACAGCAGAGGCGUCUUGAUCCUGAUCAAAUGCCUAGUCCAAUCCAAGUGAUGGCAGAUGACCAACAGAACAGAGGCGGUGUGUUUGUCACCAACGAGAAGGGUUUGGUGCCACCGCUUGUCACCACUGACUUCAUUGUCGAUGACAAGGGUAACUCAAGUCCUCGGUACAUCAGAAGUUCCAUGUACAGUGUGCCAGUCACGACAGACUUACUCAAGCAAACUGCAAUGCCGUUCUGUCUGGUUAUAUCUCCAAUGGCAGAAACAGUGGGAUCAGAACAGGAGCCUCCGGUGAUAGACUUUGCAGCGCUGACAGGCUCCCCAACAAUGGGUCCUGUGCGCUGCAGCCGCUGUAAGGCAUACAUGUGUCCAAACAUGAAAUUCAUUGAUGCGGGAAGACAUUUCAAAUGUGCAUUUUGUAAGGCUACUACUGAAGUACCGAUGGAGUACACCCAGUACAUAAACAGCAUGCAGCAGUACGGCAGUGUGCCAGCUGAGAUGGCAUUGGGGACAUAUGAGAUUGUUGCCACUAAAGAAUAUUGUAGGAACAAUACUUUGCCUAACCCACCGGCUAUAGUGUUUGUUAUCGAUGUCUCAUACAAUUCUAUAAAGAACGGCUUGUUGCAAACUGUCUGCGAUAACAUUAUGGAUUUUAUUGAGGCAAUGCCCAAAGACGAGAAUGGCAAGAGUUAUACAAGAGUUGGUUUCAUAACUUACAGUUCUACAGUACAUUUUUAUAAUAUAAAGGGUACACUGGCCCAGCCUCAGAUGCUGUCAGUUGGUGACGUGUCGGAUGUGUUCGUGCCGCUGCUGGACGGGUUCCUGUCCCCGGCGGAGCAGAGCGGUCCUGUGCUGCAGCAGCUGUUGCAGCAGCUGCCCAACAUGUUCCACGACAACAAGGAGACGGAGACGAUACUGUUGCCAGCUGUACAGGCUGGUCUAGAAGCGUUGAAAGCUGCGGAUACAUCAGGUCAGCUGCUGGUGUUCCACACUUCCCUGCCAACUUACAAUGCGCCAGGGAAACUUAUCAAUAGAGAGGACAGGAAAUUGUUGGGAACUGAUAAGGAAAAACAAAUACUCAUGCCGCAGACGACUGCAUACAACGAGGUGGGUCAGGCGUGCUCCGCUGCCGGUGUUUGUGUGGAGCUGUUUGUAUGUAACAAUGCGUACGUUGACGCCGCCACCAUUGGACAACUGCCGCGACUCACAGGCGGACAGAUACACAAAUAUACAUACUUUACUGCGGAGACAGACGGUCACCGACUAGCUUGGGACGUACGUCGUGUGGUGUCGCGACCGACUGCGCACGACGCUGUGAUGCGCGUGCGCACCUCCACCGGCGUGCGCGCUACUGACUUCUUCGGACAUUUCUUUAUGUCCAACACAACUGAUGUUGAACUUGCUGCUAUCGAUGCAGAUAAGGCUAUCGGUGUUGAGAUAAAACACGACGACAAGUUGACCGGUGAGGAGGGUGUGUUCGUGCAGGCGGCGCUGCUGUACACACGCCGCUGCGGCCAGCGCCGGCUGCGGGUCCUCAACCUCGCCCUCAAUGUGGCACACCAGCUCGCUGACGUCUACCGCUCCGCAGAGCUAGACACCACCAUUGCAUUCCUCAACAAACAAGCUGUGUGGGCGCUGCGAGAUGCGACACCGAGUCAGGUGCGCGAGGGUCUGUCGCAGCGCUGCGCUCGCUCGCUGGCCGCCUACCGCAGGCACUGCGCCUCGCCCUCCUCCGCCGGACAGCUCGUGCUGCCGGAGUCCAUGAAGCUGCUCCCUCUCUACACCAGCUGUAUACUGCGCUCUGAUGCCAUUGCUGGCGGUGCCGAUGUGACGUGUGACGAGCGUUCAUGUGCGAUGUAUCGUGCGUUGUGUGCUGAUGUGUCUUUAUCUCUGGCAUACACGUACCCUCGUCUGUUGCCGCUGCACACGGGCGUACUGGCCACGCCCCCACACCAGGCCACGCCCACACCACUGCGCGCGUCCAUAGACAAGAUCACCGAUCAUGGAAUUUAUCUAUUAGAGAAUGGAGUCCAUAUUCUAAUCUGGGUGGGUUCGAUGGCAUCCAGCGAGCUGGUGUCGGACAUGUUUGGUGUGCCAUCCCCCCAGCAGGUGGACACGCAGGUGUGCGAGCUGCCCCAGCUGGGCACGCCAGCAAACACCGCAGCCAGGGACCUGGUAGACCAGAUACGAUUGAAACGAAGAUGUGCUAUGCGGUUAACAAUAAUGCGUCAGCACGACAAGAUGGAGGCUGUGCUGAGACACUUCCUGGUGGAGGACCGCGGUGUGGACGGCAGCGCCUCCUACGUAGACUACCUCUGCCAGAUACACAAGGAAAUCCGCGCCCUGCUAUAGCACUAGCCUUUACCUAACGUUAUCACUUACGUACGAAUGAUAGGCCUUGGAAAUUCAAACAACCUGUAUGUACCCUGAUUACACGUCUUUUUGAGAAUAAUUAUGUUAAUGAUUUAUGUCGCAAUGUUGUUACUGUUUUUUUCUAAAGAUAAUGAAAGGGAUGACUAGUAUUGAUAUAAGUGUCAUUGCAGUGUAGUUCUACAGUAUGAUGUUUUCUAAUGAUAACAUGUUUAAUGAUUUAAUGAAAGUCUGGGAAAUGUGAACACUCUGUAUACAUUAAUUGGGAAAUAAUAUUAUUAAUGAUUUACGUCGCAAUUAAAGUCUGGGAAAUGUGAACACUCUGUAUACAUUAAUUGGGAAAUAAUAUUAUUAAUGAUUUACGUCGCAAUUAAAGUCUGGGAAAUGUGAACACUCUGUAUACAUUAAUUGGGAAAUAAUAUUAUUAAUGAUUUACGUCGCAAUGAAAAUCUGGGAAAUGUGAACACUCUGUAUACAUUAAUUGGGAAAUAAUAUCAUUAAUGAUUUACGUCGCAAUGAAAGUCUGGGAAAUGUGAACACUCUGUAUACAUUAAUUGGGAAAUAAUAUUAUUAAUGAUUUACGUCGCAAUGAAAGUCUGGGAAAUGUGAACACUCUGUAUACAUUAAUUGGGAAAUAAUAUCAUUAAUGAUUUACGUCGCAAUGAAAGUCUGGGAAAUGUGAACACUCUGUAUACAUUAAUUGGGAAAUAAUAUCAUUAAUGAUUUACGUCGCAAUGAAAGUCUGGAAGAAGAGAAAGUUUUAGCAAAGGUUUAAAAUAGAAACUUUAAUUGAA